AUGACUACUAAGAAACAAAACACUCCUGAAAAGGUUACUACGAAGAAUAACGAAGAAACGUCGAUACGAAUGCCGCAAUUCACACCACCAUCAAAUCGGAAAGAAAUUCCAACGAGUAGAAGGUCUUCCUCCGCCGAUAUAAGAAAAGAAAAGGAUGCAGAGAGAAAAAGACGUCGGCGAGCCAAUGAAACUUCAGAGGAAAGAGGCAUACGAAACGAAAAAAUGCGUCUUAACACCCGUAGAAAGCGUAGUUUGGAGAGUAGUAAUGCAUCAUUAGAACGCUUAAAUAAACAGCAAAUAAUUGACAAGACGCGUAGAAGUAAUGAAACACCUGAAGAACAUCGAGCUCGACUCGAUCAACAACAAGCAAUUGAUACGACACGAAGAAAUACUGAAACUGCUGAAGAACAUCAAGCUCGACUCGAUCAACAACAAGCAAUCGAUACGACACGACGAAGUAAUGAAACAGCUGAAGAACAUCGAGCUCGACUCGAUCAACAACAAGCAAUUGAUACGACACGACGAAGAUACGAAACAGCUGAAGAGAGGGCCGGGCGCAUUAGAAGUAUUAGUCGGCGUCGUACAAAACGUGUGAUGGAGGCAAGAAAUAAUCCACCUGUGAAAAUAUGGCCAGCGGCUAUAUCUCAGAAAGUUAAAGAAAACUGUCUCAGAGAGUUCAACAAGAGAAUGUCGAUGGAUAGUCUACGCGAACAAGUAUGCGUUGUGUGCAAUUCACGACACAAUGAAAAGAAAAUGCAUAAUCUACUGCUAUCUGAUAUUAAUGCUGCACUUCUUAAGCCUAAUCGGAAUCUUCAUGAAAUAAUUCCUGAAAUUCGAUCGGUAUACUCACAACAUACGGAAUUUGACGAAGAAGAGACAUUUGUCGAAAAUCCAGACUUUCACGAAAAAUCGAACCUAAGCAAUUCCUCGUAUCUCAUAUCAGAUGGUCGACUUUUAUACCGCGAUGGUUUGCUACAACAGGGAGGUCACUCUGAUGCUGACUGUCGAAUGUGUCAUGAAUGUUGGCUGGCUAUAUCAAAGGGAAAAAUUUCAAAGUUUUCACCUGCUAAUGGUAUGUGGAUCGGUGAUGUACCCAAUCAAUUGAAAGGGCUCACUAUUCCUGAACAAAAGUUGAUAUCUCUGUAUCGUCACAACAGUUGCAUCAUCAAACUACAUUCCCCAUGGCACUCAGCCAAUACAGCUCAGCCGGCUCUCAAAGGAAACUGUAUCACUUUUCCCCAAAAUCUUUCGAACAUUGCCACCAGUCUUCCUUUAUCUCCAAAUGAACUUUCUGCAUCAAUCAAAAUUAUUUUCAUCGGAUCUUCUAAGCCAGCUCGUCAUCACCUUCGUAAAAUUCUGUCCGUUAGACGAAAACGGGUUCUCGAUGCCCUUAUUUGGCUCAAAGAGAAUAAUAUAUUGUAUAGUCAUAUAUCUCUCGACAAGCAUAUUAUUGCUAGUCUUCCAGAUGACGACGUUCCAGAAUCCAUUUGGGAAACACUCGAUUAUAUAUUAGAUGAUAAGAAUGCUCUUGCUGAAAGAGAGGGAUAUACCGAAGAUCCUCUCACUAGUGAGCAAGCUGUGUCAGAGCAAACUACAACUGACUUUAUUCCUAUAAAUCCAAGCGGUGUUCUGGAUGUUAACGGUGCAUCUGUAUCAGUAGAGGAUAUUAAUGAGCAAAUGCUUCGAAAACUUCAAAUCGAUGCAAACAAGCAACCUGUCAACUCGUCUCAUAAUAAUACUAAUGAUGAACUUGUUCAUAUGAUUCCAAGAGGAAAAGCACCUACCAAUGAAUAUAACAAUCCAACCUUAUUGCUUGGUCUGUACCCAACACUCUUUCCUUAUGGAACAGGAGCGUUUGAAGAUGCUUCUCGACUGGUCAAAAUCUCAUUCAAGAAACAAAUUCAGUACCUACUUUCGUAUAAUGAUCGCCGUUUUGAAGAACAUCACUCUUUUAUAUUUAUUGUCUUCAAUAUGUUACAACGACGAGAAGCCUGUCUUCAUGCUCGAUUAAUGACGUCAAAACCAUAUUUUAGCAAGACAGCUGAACAAAUUGUCUCGCUGAAUGCCGACGAUAUCAAGCAAGUGCUAAAUGGUUUUGAAAAAAAUGAAAUUAAUAGAUCAAGUCGUAAUCCACAAGUCAAUGCACUUUUAAGUCAAGUUAAAGCAGUCGGAGGAAAAGUAAUGGGCUCAGCGCAAUCUCGAUCUAUGCUGCGCAAUCAAAUUCAUGGUAUAAUUUUUAACCAAGGCUUGCCAAGCAUCUUUCUUACCAUCAAUCCGGCGGAUAUUAACAGUCGUGUAGCUCUCUACNCUCGAAGACGACUUCAUAUGUCACUAAAUUAUACAUAUUCGGAUUCAGCGCAUCAAACUGCAUCAUAUCACAUAAAAAAUUCAACAAAAAAAAAUUUGCUCCAGUUUUGCUUGUCGCCAACCUUACUAAGGAACAAAAGAAAGCGGAGUCUGGAGAGUACUAAUGCAUCAUUGGAUCGCUUAAAUAAACAGCAAAUAAUUGAUGAGACACGAAGAAAUAACGAGACACCUGAACAACAUCGAGCUCGACUGGAUCAACAGCAGGUGAUCGAUAGCAUCCGCAGAGACAAUGAAACGACUGAAGAGAGAACGGCGCGCAUUAGGAGUAUUAAUCGAGGUCGUGCAAAACGUGUGAUGGAGGUAAGAAAUAAUCCACCUACAAAAAUUUGCCCAGCUGCUAUACCUCAAAAAGUUAAAGAGCAAUGUCUCAGUAAUUUUUACAAAAGGAUGUCAAUGGACAGUCUUCAGGAGCAAGUGUAUGUCACGUGCAAUGCUAGAUAUAAUGAAAAAACGAUACAUAAUAUGUUGUUGUCUGAUAUUAAUAAUAGUCUUCUCGUGCCUCAUAGUAGUCUUCAGGAUAUUUUUGCUGCUUCAUCAGCACAUUCUCAACGCACAGAUUUCAAUCGACAAAAAAACUUUGCAGACAAUACAGCAGAUCAAGCAAUACCAAAUGCAAACAGUUCUAGUUACAUUAUUUCAAAUAACCGACUAUUAUACCGUGAAGGUUUAUUGACACACAGAAGUCAAUCGAAUGUCGAUUGUCGGAUGUGUCAUCAAUGUUGGUUAGCUAUCUUAAAGGGAAAAUUUUCAAAAUUUUCGCCUGCUAAUGGCAUGUGGAUAGGCGAUGUACCCGAUCAAUUGAAAGGACUCACGAUUCCUGAGCAGAAGUUGAUUUCUCUUUAUCGACACAACAGUUGUAUCAUUAAACUACAUUCUCCAUGGCACUCAGCCAAUACAGCUCAGCCGGCCCUCAAAGGAAACUGCAUUACUUUUCCUCAGAAUCUCUCAAGCAUUGCUGUUAGUCUUCCUUUAUCGCCAAAUGAACUUUCUGCAUCGACCAAAAUCAUAUUUAUCGGAUCUUCUAGACCAUCUUGGCAUCAUCUUCGCAAAGUUCUGACUGUUAGAAGACAAAGAGUUCUUGAUACUCUUGUCUGGCUAAAAAAUAAUAAUAAAUUGUACGGUCAUAUAUCUGUUGACAAACAUAUCAUUGCAACUCUUCCAGAUGACGAUGUCCCUGAAUCUAUUUCGGAAACACUCGACUAUAUAUUAUAUGAUAAAAAUGUUCAUAGCGAAAGAGAAGGAUACACCGAAGAUCCUUUGAUUAGUGAUCAGGCUAUGUCUGAGAAAUCCACAUCCGAUUUCAUACCUAUAAACCCAAGUGGUGUUUUGGAUGUUAACGGUGCAUCUGUAUCCGCAGAGGAUAUUAAUGAGCAGAUGCUUCGUAAACUUCAAAUCGAUGCAAACAAGCAAUCUGUCAACUCACUUCAGGAUAAUACUAAUGAUGAACUUGUUCAUAUGAUUCCAAGAGGAAGUGCACCCAUCAAUGAAUAUAACAAUCCAACCUUAUUGCUUGGUCUAUACCCAACACUUUUUCCUUAUGGAACAGGAGCUUUCGAAGAUACGUCUCGGCCAGUCAAAAUCUCAUCCAACAAGCAAAUUCAAUACCUACUUUCGUAUAAUGAUCGCCGUUUUGAAGAACAUCACUCUUUUAUAUUUAUUGUCUUCAAUAUGUUACAACGACGAGAAGCUUGCCUUCAUGCUAGAUUAAUGACAUCAACACCAUUUUUUAGCAAGACAGUCGAGCAGAUUGUCUCGCUAAAUGUCGAUGACAUCAAGCAAGUGUUAAAUGGUGUCGAAAAAAAUAAAAUCAAUACAUCAAGUCGUAACCCGCAAGUCAAUGCACUUUUGAGUCAAGUGAAAGCAGUCGGAGGAAAAGUAAUGGGCUCAGCACAAUCUCGAUCUAUGCUGCGCAAUCAAAUUCAUGGUAUACUUUUUAACCAAGGCUUGCCAAGUGUCUUUCUUACCAUCAAUCCUGCGGAUAUUAACAGUCGUGUAGCUCUCUACUUUGCAGGAGUUAAUCUUGAUUUAGAUGCGAUCAUUCCAAAUAAUCUCCCAUCAACCCACCAAAGGGUUGAAAUCAUUACAUCACAUCCUGUAGCAACAGCUAAAGUUUUUCAUCACCUCAUUACAAGCAUUCUCGAAGCUAUGAUUUCAGGUGAAGGAGUUUUAGGACCUGUCAAGGGAUAUUUUGGUACAGUAGAAAAUCAAGGAUGUGACUCAUUACAUUUGCACAUGCUCAUUUGGCUUGAUCAUAAAUAUUCGCCUGCUCAACUUCGGGAAAAAAUAAAAGAUGAACAAUUCCGUAAUAAUCUUAGAGACUAUCUCGAAGACAUCAUUAGCGAAGAUUUAGAUCAUUUGUGA